GCGUCUCUCCCUCCCCCUCUCCUGCAGGGCAAGCCAGCGGGCAAGCCCCCCGCCCCGGCGCCCGUACGCACGCGCAUGGCCACGCGCCAGCACGCCAGCAUGUUCUUCGGCGACGAGGAGGACGACAUGGCGGAGCUCCAACCCACCUUCACCGGACCAAUCAUAAAGCUCAUGGUGUACCCCCCUCCGCCAGCCAAGGGAGGCAUCACUGUGACGAACGAAGACCUCCACUGCCUUCACGAUGGAGAGUUCCUCAAUGACGUCAUCAUCGACUUUUAUUUAAAAUACUUGGUCUUGGAGAAGUUGAAGAGAGAGGAAGCUCAGAGGAGUCACGUGUUCAGCUCCUUCUUCUACAAGAGGCUCAACCAGAGGGAGAGGAGGAGCCUCCCUGACACCACUCACCUGCCGAUACAGAAGAGAAAGCACAACCGCGUGAAGACAUGGACCCGGCACGUGGAUCUGUUCCAGAAAGACUUCAUUUUUGUUCCCAUCAACGAGUCAGCCCACUGGUACUUGGCAGUGAUCUGCUUCCCCGGGCUGCAAGGCCCUCAGUAUGAGCCCAACCCCAUGUACCAGGGCCCGGCGUCAGCCGCAUGCUCCACCCAAGCCCCAGGCCCGGCUCCAUGCCCCACUCCAGGCCCGGGGCUGGAGGACAGCUUCCCGGAUCACUGCAGGCCACUGUCCCCUGAGAGGGACGACUUCCUGGAGCCUUCUGAUGACCCCCCUGCCAACGAGGCCUUAUUGGAGGCUCACUCCAACAGCAACCAGCCAAAGGGGGCUUCGGCCUCUACAGAGGGGGGACAAGAGCCUCCGCAGACCCCCGGCACGAGGAGCAACGGACAGACUGAAGCCCAGCAACAAUAUACAGAUGGUUUGCACAGGAUCAGUGUGACUUACGGACCGGGGAAUGGGAACAAUGGCAGCUGCGCCUUUUCUGACGACCAAAGCUCCUGUCAGGAUGAGUAUAGUGAGGAUGGUGGCCUUGCUGACGAUUCUCUCAACCAGGAGAGCUCAGGGUGGACCUCCAGACCCACCUUGUGCAAACAGCCUUGUAUUCUCAUCAUGGACUCUCUGCGUGGCCCUGCCAGAUCCACUGUUGUGAAAACGUUGAGAGAGUACCUGGAGGUGGAAUGGGAGGCGAGGAAAGGAAGCCAGCGGAGCUUUGGGAAGGACGUGAUGAAGGGCUCGAGCCCUCGAGUGCCUCAGCAGGACAACUUCAGCGACUGUGGAGUGUACAUCCUGCAGUAUGUGGAAAGCUUCUUUGAGAAUCCACUUCCUAGUUUUCAUCUCCCCGUCAACCUGUCGGAGUGGUUCCCACAGCAACGGAUGAGGACCAAGCGUGAGGAGAUUAAGGAGCUCAUCCGGAAGAUCCAAACUCAACAGGAACUGGACAAGAAGGAGGCGGCCCAGGGCUCGGCCACGGGCUCCCCCCAGGAGCAGGACCGGGGGAGGGAGGGUGGUGUGGACACUGGGUCAGAGCCCUCCUGCCAGCCCCUCAGUUGAACUGGCGCUGCUAUGCUCUGACACAUUGGUCCUGUUGGGUCUGGUCUGGGCCGGCCUUCUAAAGUCUGAUCGGCAGCCUCCCUGGAGCCAAUCAUGAUUGUACGCUGCUCCGGAUGACUCCUCCAUUUCUCUGCAGAACUGUCCUGUUCCUUCCAUUACCUACCAUUAAAAAAACAAGACCUUUUAAAUUUGUAUUUGAAUAAAAGAUGUACAUUCGCUGGAGUUUUUUCGCUGCCUUUGUAAUUGACUGUUUUUGAUGCGCUGUUGAGUGAUCCGUUAAGUUAUGGUUUCAAAGGUGUUCCUUUUUGAAGGACAAUCUGUGCAGAACAUACUGCUUUGCUCUUGCAUCGUAUUUGGUAUGCUUCUGAGAUGUUUGCUGAGUUUGUGAUAUUGCUGUCGUUUGUAAAUUAUAUCCACCCGUCUGGAAAAUAUAUCAUUUUCAAAGUCUCAGUCCCUCAUCAGUUAAGUAAAUGUUAAAGUGUUGUUAUGUCAUUUUUUGAUGUGAGCGGAAGGAUCUUCAGCAUUAAAUGAACUGAUGCAAGAGCA